GUGUGAGAGAGUGUGUUAGUGUGUGUGUGUGUGAGUGAGAGAGAGUGUGUGAGAGAGUGUGAGUGUGCGCGUGCGUGCGUGCGGUGCGUGUUUUUUCUUUCUUUCUUUCCUUUUUUGUUGCUGCUGUGUGUUGGUUGUUGUUGUUGCUGCUGCUGCUGUUAGUUCAUUUCCGUUCCGUGUUUGGAUCAUGAAUAAACUGUACGUGGGGAACCUGAGUCCCUCGGUCACUGUGGACGACCUGAAGCGGCUGUUCUCCGAGCGCCAGCUGCCCGUCAGCGACCGCACCGUCUUACUCAAGUCCGGCUACGCGUUCGUGGAUUUCCCUGAUCAGAAGUGGGCCAUCAGAGCCAUAGAGACGCUCUCAGGGAAAGCCGAGUUGCACGGAAAGGUGAUCGAGGUUGAUUAUUCUGUUCCCAAAAAAUUAAGGAGUCGUAAGAUUCAGAUCCGGAACAUUCCCCCUCACCUGCAGUGGGAGGUUUUAGACAGCUUGUUAUCACAGUACGGCUCAGUAGAAAACGUGGAGCAAGUGAAUGCUGACUCAGACACAGCUGUGGUGAAUGUCACAUAUGCAUCAAAAGAGGAAGCUAAAGAGGCCAUUGAGAAGUUGACGGGCCACAGUCUGGAUAAUCACUCUUUCAGCGUGUCCUACAUUCUGGACGUGGAGGGCAGUGGGAACGGGAGUGAAGCAGGACCCCAGGCCCAGCGUGGGGCGUCCCGAGGAGGCAGAGGGGCGCGGGAGUCUGACUCUGCCCACUCCGGGGCCAUGGGGGGCCUGCAGGGAGCGCACCACACACACCAUGAGCUCCCACUGAGACUGCUCGUCCCCACACAAUUUGUGGGAGCCAUCAUUGGCAAAGAGGGUCUAACCAUCAAGAACAUCACCAAGCAGAGCCAGUCCAAAGUGGACAUCCACCGUAAGGAGAAUGCAGGGGCGGCGGAGAAGCCCAUCACCAUCCACUCGUCUCCGGAGGGCUGCUCACACGCCUGCAGGAUGAUCCUGGAGGUCAUGGAGAAAGAAGCCACCGACACCAAGACUGCUGAGGAAGUCCCUCUGAAGAUUUUGGCCCAUAAUAGUCUUGUAGGACGGCUGAUCGGUAAAGAAGGCAGGAACCUGAAAAAGAUUGAGCAGGACACUGGGACCAAGAUCACCAUUUCCCCCCUGCAGGAUUUGACUAUCUACAACCCGGAGCGUACCAUCACAGUGAGGGGAGGGGUGGACGAGUGCUGUAAUGCAGAGGUGGAAAUCAUGAAGAAGCUGAGAGAGGCGUACGAGAAUGACGUGGCUGCCUUAAAUCUGCAGACGGCAUUGAUCCCCGGGUUGAACCUGAACGCUUUGGGGAUUUUCUCUCCUGCUCUGCCUGUUCUGUCUUCAGCCACAGGGCCGCGUGGAGUCGCUUCGCUUCCUUCUACCUAUAACCCUUUACUGGGUCAGGCAUCAGCACUGGCGGGUUUGUACGGCUCUCCCCCUGCUUUACCCCUCCAACAAACAGCUCCAGAGCAGGAAGUGGUGUAUCUUUUCAUCCCUACUCAAGCAGUUGGAGCUCUAAUAGGGAAGAAAGGACAGCACAUCAAGGAGCUGGCACGGUUCGCUGGAGCUUCUAUCAAAAUCGCUCCAUCAGACAGUCCCGAUGCCCCGGAGAGGAUGGUCAUCAUCACCGGCCCUCCUGAAGCCCAGUUUAAGGCUCAGGGUCGAAUAUUCAGAAAGCUGAAGGAGGAGAACUUUUUCACCGCUAAGGAGGAAGUGAAGCUGGAGACGCACAUUAAAGUCCCCGCAGCCGCCGCUGGUCGAGUCAUAGGCAAGGGCGGGAAAACGGUGAACGAACUGCAGAAUCUCACCAGCGCUGAGGUCAUCGUUCCACGGGACCAAACACCUGACGAGAACGACGAGGUGUUUGUGAAAAUCAUCGGCCAUUUUUUUGCUAGUCAGACUGCACAACGGAAGAUUAGGGAAAUCAUCCAACAAGUCAAACAGCAACAACAGAAAAACCAGCAGGGGGCAGCGACACCAUCGCAGCACACCAAGUGACCAGCAGGGGGCAGCCAGCAAGCAGCAGCAGCCUAUGAAUGUAGCUCCUCCGAGCGCAAACCAAAUCGAGCAAAAGGCGCAAGAGAACGAAAACUACAAGCGGGAGGGAAACACACGAGAAGGACAAGCAACAAGAUCGAAACCAAAGAACCUUAUAAGACCUGAGCGAGCCUCACUCCGAGAGCAAAAACAACCCUGUGAGCGUUCCGAACAUCCGGAUGAGUGCGCCGGCGGGUGACGGGCGUUUCAAAUUCAGAACGUGUGGAGAUGCUGUGUUGGAUCUGUCCUCUGAAAAGCACACAUUAUUAGCGAAGUGGGAAUCCGGCUGCCUGUGAAUGAGAUGAUUUUACCAGCAAACAUCGCGCUUGUCUCCACACGGGAGCGGAAGCGGCAGCCGUAAGCACAUUCAGGCUGAGUGCGAGCACACUGUGUAAAUGUAGCCUGACUAGCAUUUAACAACGUGAACUGUUGAGCGAGUGACACAUAACUACCUGAGGGAGUGCUGAGUAAAGACGAAUAGGUGUAACAGUGUUCACUGAUUAGAAAACCAUAUUGUGCUUUCUAUUGAGUCGUCUGUAGCCUUAGAUAGUUUCAGUUAAACAAACAAAAGAAAAAGACACCUAGGGCAGAUUUUCCAACUCAGUUAGCAUGUGGUAAAGCGGUUAGCAUUUCCCAAUCACACUCUGAAAUUUCCUUCGCGUACAUGCUAAUUUGCACUUUUUAGUGUUUGUUAAUCAGGUCGUUAAUGUGAAUAAAUAUUCAGGCUUUAGUUUAUUUAGUUCUUUUAAAGCUUAGGACAAGAUUCUUAAUUUCACGUUAACAGCAUCCGAUAAUUAGCCUGCGUACUAACCCGCUUCUCCCGGCUUGCUUUCCUUUUGAUCCCCUGUGUUUCUUUCCCAGUUUUUUUCAAGCUCAUCUGAACAAGAUGGAAGUCUACUGACCUCUCCUGGCCUACAAAUUAUGAGGGAGAAAACAAAAUAACAAAGAGUUUAAUGCGAUUAUGAUUGUAAAAUCUCCAGUCAGCCUGAUUUUAUUGCAAAUGUUGUUUUGGGAAAGCCAGAGUGGCCUCACUCAUCCUAAAUACGUGUUCUGUACUAGAGUCAAUAAAAGCACUUAAAAUAUUUUAGCGUGCAAAAAAAAAAAGUGAACUGCAAAAGUCUGGUGAAGUGCAAGUGCAAUAAGAAGAGGCUGCCUACAAGCUGCAUUCAGGACACUUAAUCACGUCCUGACCAGGCCGUCUUAUAACUCGUGAAUGUAUACAGUGUUUCUACCUGCCUUCUGCAGCGCACAGCGUCCUGUCCUUUCUGUCUGUCUGUCUGUCUGUCUCUUUUCUUUAUUUUUUCAUCUUUUAAUUUUUUCUUUCCUUUUUUCUUUCUUAUCUUUCUUUUUCAAUUCAAUCUAUCUUUAUUUUCCCCCUGUACCCACCUUAAUUUUCUUUCUUUUUCUUUCUGUCUGUCUCUUUAUUUUAUUUUUUUCAUCUUUUAAUUUUUUUAUUUCUUAUCUUUCUUUUUCAAUUCAGUCUAUCUUUAUUUUUUCACCUU